AAGCUACAAUAUUUAUAGAAAAAAGUUAGGAAAAAAAGUUCAAUUAUUUGUCGAAUACACUUAAUGUUAAUUUUCUUAAAAUUUUUAUAAUUUAUUAUAACUAAAAAGUUAAUAAUUAGAAAUAUAUAGCGAAUUUAUUGAUAAAAAGAAUAGAAUGACGUUUGCAUAAUGAAUCAAGUCAUCGUAUCAUUUAAAAGGAACACAUUUUCGGAUUUUUGAUAGAUCUAUUAUGCUUUAUUUGCUCUUAUUUAUGGGAUGUUUGUUGUAUGUUAAAGGUGGAAUACCUGUUCCUGAUGAGCGUUAUAAAGUUUUUAUUAUAAGUGGUGAUAUUUAUAGAUACUCUAUAGAUCUCUCUCGAAAAACUUUCAUUGAUGAAGAAGAUGGUAACGCCAGCACUCUUCAACUGCAAUGGAUGUUUACUAAUAAUCAGUUGGUUCCUGAUUCAUACUGGAUUGUUUUGAAAAGAUCUAAAAAUAAAGAUGAGUUAAUUUUUUAUCUUGAUCGAUCUGUUUGGAGCAAUAAAAACUAUUAUUUCAAUCUAAAAGCAAUCGAUAAAGAUGGCAACUCGGCAGUAAAGUUUUACAAUUUUACUUUAAUAUCGCCUCCUCAAGAACCGAUUUACAAAAGACUACUCAUAUUGGAAUCAAGUACAUCGGAAAUAUUUCAGAAAACGAAUGUUGAAAUAUUGUUUUAUAUUCAAGAGCAAAAACUUUUUCCGUAUUCUCAAUUAAACCUCCAAGGAAUACCAUUAAUUGGAAGUUUUAUGACUGAAUAUCUAAAUAUUACAAAAGAAAAUGACGUAACAACUAUUGUUUUAUUAUGGAGUUCGUCGAUUUUUGUUUUAAAUUUUUGUAGUAUAACAAAAAUUAUAAAUUUUAGAUCAAAAACUGUUAAAGGGUUUAAUGCUAAAUAUAAGCAAUAUUUUAAUCCAGAAUUUAUAGUGAAAAAUUCUACAGAAUACUUUAGUAGUUUUUGCGCCUACCUUUCUAAUGAUGCUCCUAAAGUUUCUGAAGUUUUACUUAAUCCAAUACAAGUUGAUCUAGGAGUUUACUUUUCUUACCUUAUUCCAUCAGAUUUAUUUUUGGCCCCUGAAACUGGUAAACUAAUGAGUUUAUCAUUUGACCUUCGCACAAGUAGCGGAGAAAAACUUCCAUCAUUUUAUUGGGUAUUAUUGAACAAAAAUAUUUCAACUAAUGAACUGAUAUUAGAAGGUUUUAUAUCCGUCUACCUUGCUAUUCAGCAGAAUAACUUUACUUUUCAGUUGAUUGCAAGUACACCACUAUUGGAAGAAAGUUACAGGAUUUUAACAAUUAAUAUAAAUUAUUUUCAAAAACUUGAAGAAAACUUUGUAGUUUUGUUUAAUGGUUUAUUGACAUCUUCAAUUCUGUAUACUAGAUUUGUUAAUAAAUUCAUUGCAGUGUUAUCUAAUUACUUAUCUUUUAAUUCUUCAGUUAUCAUAUUUAAUGUAGAUUUCUCUUCUGGCCAGGUUAACGUGAAAUGGUCACUAAAUGAAUUUACUUCAAAAGUUUGUGAUUUUAUGAACUUAGAACUGCUAAAAUCAAAAACUGUUGAUGAAAGCGGGUUACCACUUAAUAUGUUAAAAAAUAUUUUUAUUGAAAACAUGAAUUAUUCAAUUGUUAAUAUAACUUUUAUAGAAAAACUGGCAUGUUAUAUUGAUAAAAACGGCCCAGUGCGUAAUGAAGCUCUCCAUACGUAUAAAAUUCAAGAUGUUUUCCACUUUACUAUUUUGUUGCCAAAUACGACUUUUGUAGAUGCGAAAGACGGAUACAUGAAUAAUUUGAGAUUAGAACUUUUACUUCCUAAUGGCGAUAAUGUACCGAUAAACAACUGGGUUCAAUUAUUACGGUCAAAAGAUAAAGACAGUUUGAUUGGUUUUUUAACUUUAGAAACAAUAAGUAAAAAAAAUUGGUAUUUUACCCUCAAAGCUACCGAUAGCGAUGGUAAUUAUGCAACUAAAUCCUUUAACUUUUUACUAGAAUUUGAUCGCUUCAUAACAAAUUAUUUGAUCUCAAUAACACUCCAGACAUCUUUAGCUGAAAUUAUUACUAUGAAUGACGUUCAACUCGUUUUUUUCAUUCUAGAACAUAAGCUUUUAUCCUACUCUAUUCUUCAGAAGCAAGGAAUUAGUGUAAUGGACAUGUUGGUAGUACUUGAAUUAAAUGUCACAAGAGAAGUAAGCAAACUUAUUACGGUAAGACUUUUAUGGAGCUCUAAAAUCUUUAGUUCUUCCUCUUGCGAAAUAAACAAAAUUGUUCGUUACAGAACAAAAGUGUUUGAAGAUUUUAAAGACAUAUACACAGACUUUUUUUUACCGCAGUUUAUUUUAUUGAGUAACAUCGAGUAUUUUGUUGAUAGCUGCAGUUAUUUAUCUUCAGAUCCUCCGAUAGUUACGAAUACUUCGUUUACCAAAGUUGAUGUCAUUUUUGGUUUACCGUUUUCAGUAAACAUACCAAAUGAUAUUUUUAGGCCGCCAGAUGAUGGAAGUGGUAUGAACUUAACUGUUUACUUAAAAGGCGAUGAUGGUAAAAUGUUGCCCGACACCUAUUGGGUUAGCUUAAAUGACAAUAGUUUUUCAAACAACUUAAGAUUAGUUGGAUAUCCCUUGUAUGAUUCAAUUGCAAUCCAAAAAACAUUCAACUUUCAGUUAAUAGCUUAUACGUCUUUACUGAUUAAUGCAAGUAGGUCUUUUGCACUAAAUGUUAUCAACUUUUUUAAAAUACAAGAGAACUUUGUAGUGACGUUGUCCAUUGUAACACAUAACAUUAUUUCUUAUUUUACAUAUAUUAAUAACUUUUUAUCAGCCGUUUCAAGUUAUUUAAUAUAUCCAGUGGAGUCUGUAUUAAUACUGGACUUAAAUUAUUCUUCAAAAAACUUGGUAAUAAGGUGGACUCUUAAAGAGUAUACUACACAGGAAUGCAACUUCCAAGGACUAAACUUCAUUAUUAGUAAACUUAUCUAUGAAAAUGGCCAACCAAAUGUGAACUUUUCAAGUUCUCUAAAUAAAAUAAUUUACAACUUAUCCUCUGUUACCAUUGAAAAAAUUAAUGCUUGUAAUACUAAUAAAAAUGGUCCAGUUCCUGACAAACCGGAAAUGAACAUCACUUUAACAAAUACACAAUAUAGAUUCAAUUUGCUUCUAAAGCAAACUACAUUUGUUGACUCAAAAGAUGGUGACAUGAGUAACCUUGAUAUAAACCUGCUUCUAGAAAAUGAAGAACCAGUCCCAUUGAACUAUUGGGUUCAAAUUGAUAGAAAUAAUGGAAGCGAUAACUUAAUUGGAUACAUUGACUGGAAUUUAAAUAAACAAAUGAAAAAAGUAAUCUUAAGAGCGACUGACAGCGAUGGAAAUUAUGCAAAUAAAUUUUACAACUUUUAUUUUGAUUUUUUACCAAAUCAAGCCACAUACAAAAUGCUUCUUACACUCCAUUCAAACACCGAAAGUUUUCUUGAGAAAACUGAUGUACAAAUUCUUUUUUAUAUACAAGAAAUAAAGCUCUUAAACUAUUCUUUAAUAAACACGCAAGGAAUGACACAAAUUGAUUCUAUUAUGACGGAGGAAUUUAAAGUUUUGCGUAAUAAUGAUGCAAUAACAAUCACGUUGUUAUGGAGCUAUACUGGUUUCAUAUCAUUGUAUUGUCAGUUAGAAAAAAUUUUGCAGUUUAGAGAGAAAAAUCAUGGUAAGUACUAUACGACGUAUUACAACAUGUUUCUUCCUGAAUUCAGUAUGAUAAGAAAUACAGAGAUAUUUUCGGGUGCGUGUAGUUAUUUAUCAGCUGACCCACCAAUGCUUGGAACUCAACAAUUUGACAAAAUUGAAAUUGAUUCAGGAACCUCAUUUUCAGUUGCUGUUCCACAUGAUGUAUUCAGAUCGCCAUUAAGUGGAAGCACCAUGUUGCUUAAAUUAGAACUUCGGAAAAACGGAGAACGUUCAACAUUACCUUGGAUUGAAUUGAACGGAAAUAUAUAUCAAAACGGAGUAAGAGUGGAAGGAUAUAUGCCUUAUGAAUUCUCUCUUAAGCAAUCCGUAUUUAUUUUUGAACUUGUUGCAAUUACUCCGUUACUCGAAGAAAUUUUUAGUUUGUUUAAUGUUACCAUUACUGAUUCUAGGAAAUUGCAGCUAAAUUUUGUUGUAACAUUUUCGUCUCAGCUACAUAUUACAAAUUAUAUAUUCGUUUCAAGUUUUAUUUCAAAAUUAUCAAGCUAUCUAGCAGUUCGUUUAUCUUCUAUUAUUGUGAUAAAACUUGAAAACACAUCAUCUUCCACUAAUAUUCAGUGGACGCUACUAUCUUUAACAAGCUCUUAUUGUGACGACGAGUUGAUUCAGACUAUGACCUUGAAACUAAAGAACAAUGAUGCAACUUUAAAUCCUAAUUUGAUUUUUGCGCUUAUUAAAAUGAACUUUUUAGUUACAAAUAUUACAUUUAGUUUAGGGUUUGCGUGCAAUAUUGAUUCCAAGCCUCCCAUACCAGAUAACAAAACUGAAGAUAUUCUUAUUCAAACUAACAUGUAUCGUUUCAAGAUAGGUUUACCAGUGACAACAUUUGUUGAUGUAAAGGAUGGAAAUAUGAAUGGCUUGAAAAUUGAAUUUUUGACAGAUAAAAAUUCUACAGUUACAACGAACAGCUGGGUGCAAUUACAGAAAAUUAACAAUAGUUAUGCAUUUAUUGGUUACGUGAACAUUUUAGUCUUAAAAUCAAACAUUUGGACAUACUAUGUAAGAGCAACAGACAGCGCUGGAAAUGUGGCCUUAAAAAGAUAUAAUUUUAUUAUGGUUGGUAAACAAACGCAAGCAAAUUAUAAAAAAAAUUUGACAAUACGCUCUUUUGCACCGAUGUUUUUUGAGAAGUCAAAUAUUGAAAUUCUUUUUUACAUUCAAGAGCAGAAACUUUAUCCCUAUUCUUUGCAACAAAACCAGGGACUUCCUGACAUAGCUACAAUAAUAACCGACACGCUAGAGGUUACUUAUACUGAUUCACUAAUUUUAAUACAUUUAGUUUGGACUUCAGCUAUAUUUAUUUCAAAAAUAUGUGACAUUCAGGGCCUUGCUAGCUUUAGAUCAAAAACGUUAGGGGACUUUGAACAUUUAUACAAAAAUUCUUUUUUACCAGAAAUGGUUUUUAUAAGUGAAACUGAGGAGUUUCUUAAUGCCUGUAAAUUUUUAACAAACAAACCACCUUUAAUAGGUCCUUCAACCGUUUCCAAUAUUACAGUUAAAUUCGGAGAAUUUUUUUCUGAAAUUCUACCUAAUGAUAUUUUCACUCCACCAUCUUUGGAAACAAGUUUGUCAAUAUACUUGCGAGAUGAAGAAGGAAAAGCUCUUCCAAGUUAUUACUGGAUUUCUUUAAGCAGCACAAACUUAUUUGGAUUAAAAAUUGAAGGCUAUGUAUCAGUUGAGUUCGCAAUCAAAAAAAGUAACUUUACAUUUAGGUUGGUUGCUGCGACGCCAUUACAAGUAGAAGCGUACCGUUUUCUAAACAUUAUUAUCAAAGGUUACAAACCUGUUCAACAAAAUUUUAUUGUUAACUUUAAAAUAUUAGCAACUUUUAGUUCACUACCCUCAUUUAUUAAUCAGUUUGUGUUUUCGAUGUCAGAUUACUUAUCAUACUCCCCCUCUUCGAUGUUAAUAAUUAGUUCGGAAACAGUUUUUCCAUUGACAAACAUCAAAUGGACAAUGGUUCAGUUUACAAAUGCAUAUUGUGACAGUUCAUUAACCUCACUAAUUACACAAAAACUACUUGAUCUGAAUGGUCAAGUCAAUUCUGAUUUGAUUAGUUUAUUAUCCACCAAAAAUAUCGUGCUUCUUUCAAACGAUAUUUUAUCAACAAAUAGUUGCACCAUUGACACAGACGGCCCCGUGCCUGAUCAGCCAUUUCAAGAAUUUAAUUUCAACAGCAGUGUAUAUCGCUUUUCAAUUAUUUUACCUCUUUCAACGUUUAUUGAUAAAAAAGAUGGAGUAAUGAAUAAGUUGUCAGUUGAGCUUACAACAGAAAAUGGACUUUCUGUUUUUGUAGACAAUUGGGUUGAACUUGUUCAAUCAGGAAGUAGCUUUCGAUUAAAUGGUUAUAUCAGCAACAAAACUUAUUAUAAAUCUCAAUGGUCAUACUUACUAAAAGCAACUGACAGUGAUAAAAAUGUUGGUAUUAAAAAGUAUAUAUUCAAUUUAUUGUCGUCAUUUAAAGCUCCUCAUUAUAAAAGAAGUUUAACUCUACGUUCAUUUUCCUCGGCUAUUACAAGUAAUAAAGAUGUUUCUAUUUUAUUUUUUAUUCAAGAAAAAAAGUUGAUUCCUUUUUCGUUAGGACAAAAUCAAGGCAUUUUAGAUGUUAAUUUUUUAAUAACAGAAAAUCUAUUGGUAAUAAGGUCAGAGAGCUAUAUGACUAUUAAAUUGGUGUGGAGCUCAACAUUAUUUUUAUCUGAUAAAUGUUUUCUUCAAGGGAUUUUAAAUUUAAGGUCUAAAACUAUAGGAGAAUAUAGCUAUGUUUACACUAACAUGUUUCAGCCAGAGUUUAUGUUGGUGGAAGAAAAUGAGUCAUUUUCAGGAGCUUGUAGUCAUUUAUCUUUUGAUCCCCCUUUAAUUGGCUCAGGAAUAUUAAAUUUAUUUGAACUAAAAUUUGGAGAGUUUUUUUCUAUAGUUCUUCCUAAUAAUUUGUUUACUUCUCCUUCAACUGAAUUAAGCCUUUCAGUAUAUUUGCGUGAUAAAAACGGCAACAAUUUAUCUGAGUACUACUGGAUAACUCUGAGCAGCACAAGUUUGUUACCAGGUCUUAGAUUAGAGGGUUAUGUAUCAAGUAUGAUAGCUUCUCAAAAUACUAGUUACACAUUUAGAUUAGUUGCUGUAACUUCGUUACUAGUGGAUGCUUAUAGAUUUUUAAAUGUUAAAAUCCAGGGGUACAAUCCCGUACAAGAAAACGUUGUAAUCACCUUUACAUUAUUGUUAACAAUUAGAUCUCUUCCAACUUUUAUCAACAUGUUUGUAAGCACACUAUCGAGUUAUCUCUCUUAUUCUCCUUCAUCAUUGCUUAUUAUAAAAUAUAAUACAACUGCAUCACAAACAAGUAUUUAUUGGACCUUACUUGAAUUCACUAAUACAGAUUGUGACGUUUCAUCAGCAUCAGUAUUAAAACUUAAACUACUAGAUGCAAAUAAUAAAAUUAGAACGGAUUUAUUAAUUGCUUUAACAAGCAUUAAUGGAAAUCUUAAAUCAAUUGAUUUUUUUUUUGCAGACAGUUGUUCAAUUGAUAGAAAAGGACCUGUUCCAGAUCAGAAAUUACAAGAGUAUACUUUUACUAACAAUAUUUAUCGCUUUUCUAUCCCUUUGCCGGAUUUUACUUUUGUAGACGAAAAAGAUGGAGAUACAAGUAAGUUGGUUCUUGAGCUUAUUACAGAAAAUGGACUUAUAGUUCCUAUCGAUAGCUGGAUUGAGUUAGUUUAUUCAGGUAAUAGAUAUUUUUUAAAUGGUUUUAUAAGCAGGAAAAGCUAUGCCAAGUCUCAAUGGGUUUAUUUCCUAAAAGCUACUGAUAGCGAUAAUAAUAUAGGAAUUAAAAACUAUAUAUUCAACUUGAUACCACCACCUCAGGUUUCUUUUUAUAAACGAAGUUUAACCCUUCAAUCCUUUGCCUCGUCAAUAAUUGGUUUGAAAGAUGUAUCUGUUUUGUUUUUUAUUCAAGAAAAAAAGUUAAUUCCCUAUUCAAAAAGACAAAACCAAGGUAUUCUUGACGUGGAUUUAUUAGUUACUGAUAGCUUUCAAAUUAUAAGGUCAAAAAACUAUAUAACAAUUAAUUUGGUAUGGAGUUCAAGUCUGUUUGUCUCUACUCAAUGUUUUCUGCAGCGAAUCAUAAAUUUUAGAUCAAAAACUAUAGGAGAAUACAAAACUUUAUAUAAUCAGUUGUUCCAACCGGAGUUUAUUUUUGUAGAAGACAAGGAAUCAUUUUAUGAUGUCUGCAGCAAUUUGUCGGUUGAUCCCCCUUUACUUGGAGGUGAAACUUUAAACGCAGUUGCGGUAAAGUUUGGCGAGUACUUUUCCAUAAAUCUUCCAAAUGAAUUGUUUAUUUCGCCUUCAAUAGGAACUAGUUUGGAAUUAUACCUACGUGACGCAAAUGGAAAUUCUUUACCAGAUAAAUAUUGGAUUGCCAUGACUACUUCACCUAAUCUUAGAAUAGAGGGAUAUGCAACCAAUAUGGUAGCUACACAAAAUACUAAUUAUAUUUUUAGAUUGGUUGCUGUGACUUCGUUACAAGUAGAAUCAUAUCGUCUUUUAAAUGUUGUUAUUCAAGGGUAUAAACCUAUUCAACAAAACAUUUUGAUCACGUUUACUAUAUUGUCGCCAAUAAAUUUUUCGCCAGCAUUUAUUAACCAGUUUGUUUUGGCGAUUUCAAAUUAUAUUUCAUACCUUCCUUCAUCAAUACUUUUAAUUAGUUAUGAAACAAGUUUCUUGGUUUCAAAACUUCUUUGGACAUUGGUUGAGUUUACAAAUUCAAACUGUGAUGUUUCAUCAACAGCAUCAGUUAAAUUGAAACUAAUUGACGUAAAUGGUGAAGUCAAUCCCAAUUUAACACGUUUUUUAGCUAACAUAAAUAUAGUUUUAAAAUCUGUAGAUGUUUUAUACUCAGAUAUUUGUGCUAUUGAUAAAAAUGGACCUGUUCCAGAUCAACUAUCACAAGAAUUUACUUUUAGCAGUAAUGUUUAUCGCUUUUCAAUUUAUGUACCUAAUUCGACUUUUGUAGACGAGAAAGAUGGAGGUAUGAACAACUUAGGAGUUGAGCUUACUAAUGAAGAUGGAACUCCUGUCACCCUUAACAGUUGGAUUGAUUUGGUUAAUUCAGGAAGUAAUUUCCGGUUAAAUGGGUAUAUAAAUAGCAUAUGUUAUGUUAAACAUCGAUGGAUUUAUUUCUUAAAAGCAACUGACAGUAACAAAAACUUUGGUGUCAAAAAGUACAUAUUCAACAUUAAAUCGCCACCUGCUGCUCCUAGCUAUAAACGAAGUUUAACAUUACGAUCUUUUUAUUCAAAUAUAAUUAGUAUGAGUGAUGUAUUAAUUUUAUUUUUUAUUCAGGAAAAAAAACUGAUCCCAUAUUUUUCGGCUCAAAAUCAGGACAAUGAUGUUUUAGAGGUUGAGUCUAUAAUAACAGAUAGUUUGCUUGUCACAAGAUCAUCUAAAUAUGUCACUGUAAAAUUGGUAUGGAGCUCAACACAGUUUGUAUCUACACAAUGUUCUCUGCAGAGAAUUAUAAAUUUAAGAUCUAAAACUGUAGGAUUUUACAGCGCUAUGUACAAUCGUAUGUAUCAAAACGAAUUUCUGUUACUAGAAGAUAAAGAAAUCUUUGACUUUUCUUGUAGUACUUUGUCAAGCAAUCCACCCUUAGUUGGUCCAGCAUCUUUGAAUGCUAUAGAAGUAAAAUUUGGAGUAUUCUUUUCUGUAUUGCUUCCAAAUAAUUUAUUUACUUCUCCGUCAAUCGGAACAAGUUUAUCAGUAUAUUUGCGAGAUGAAAACGGAAAUGUGUUACCUGACUUUUAUUGGGUAACUUUGAGUUCUAACGGAUUAAUAGGUCUAAAAAUAGAAGGUUAUGCAUCAAACGUAAUAGCGUUGCAAAAAACCAGCUAUUCGUUUAGGCUAAUUGCUGUAUCUUCACUGCAAGUAGAAGCAUAUCGUUUGAUUGAUAUAAAGAUCCAAGGUUACAAACCCAUUCAAGAAAACUUUAUAAUCACUUUCACAAUAAUGUCAACAGCAAAAUCUUUUACUUCGUUUAUCAACCAGUUUGUGUUUGAAAUAUCUAAAUAUUUAUCGUAUACUUCUUCAUCAGUUCUUAUAAUCAGCUAUGAAAUAAACUUUUCUUUGACAACUAUUAAAUGGACAAUUAUAGAUUUUACAAAUGCAAAUUGUAACAGUUCUUUUGCUUCUUUAAUCACGUUAAAAAUUCUUAAAAAUGCGAACGGCGAAGUUAAUCCAAAUUUGGUUAGCGUUCUAGCUAAUAUAAAUGUUUUCCUAAUAUCAGCUAAUAUAUCAUCCUCUUAUAUUUGUUCUAUUAUUCGCGAUGGUCCUGUUCCAGAUCAAUUGUUGCAAGAAUACACUUUUACAAACAAUGUAUAUCAUUUUUCUCUCAGUUUACCACUUUCAACCUUCAUAGACGAUAAAGACGGAGAUAUGAGCAAACUGCUUGUCGAACUUACUACAGAAAGUGGACAAUCUGUUUCCGUUGAAAGUUGGAUUGAACUAGUCCAAUCAGAGGGUAGUUUUCGGAUAAUUGGAUAUAUUAACAGCAAAAGCUAUGCAAGAACACAAUGGGUGUAUUGCUUAAAAGCAACCGAUAGUGAUAAAAACAUAGGAAUUAAAAAGUAUAUAUUCAAUUUGUUAUUGCCACCAUUAAGCCCUUACUAUAAAAGAAGUUUAACAUUACAUUCGACUUCUUCGGUUAUGUUGAGUAUGAAAGAUGUAUCAAUUUUAUUUUUUAUUCAGGAAAAAAAGUUAUUGCCUUAUUCAAUAAAACAAAGCCAAGGCAUUUUAGAACUAGAUUCUUUAAUUACUGAGAGUCUCCAGGUUAUAAGAUCAUCUGACAUUAUUACAGUUAAUUUGGUUUGGAGCUCAACUAUAUUUGUAUCUGAUCAAUGUUCUUUGCCAAAAAUUGUAAACUUUAGAUCAAAAACAAUAGGAAUUUAUAGAGCCAUUUACAGUCAAAUGUUUGAACCAGAAUUUAAUUUUGUUGAAGAAAAUGAGUCGUUUUUGGCAUAAUAAUUAUAAGUAAAAACACUUUAAAGUUAAAUAAAAGUAAAUCCAAAGUGUUUUUCAAAUGGUAUGCAAUCCGAAUUUAGUUCGAUAAAAACACUCUUUAUUAGUAGUGUUUCUUUUUAUCAACCAUUUAUUAUAACACUGGUAAAAUAUAGUGUUUUAAUUAAUUCGAAAUAACGCUGAAGCAAUGGUUUUGUACGCUACAGUGUAGUAUAAACCUUCAACAGCGUUAAAAAGCAGCAGAAAGGUGUUUUGUUGUUUUAUAGUAGUGUGUUUAUAAUACUUUAAACAGCUUGCAUAUUUUCAGUAUUUCGUUAGCAAUUGACUCCUGAUUAUUAAUACACGGUAAUCAAGCUAGAAAAACUAAGUAAAAAAUGUGGUUGUUUAAAAGCAUGAGAAAUAAGUUUAAUUUAUUACGAAGAAGAAUAGUUGACACAUUAUCUACUUUGAAAAAAGAAUGCAGAUAGUUUUAACACUAUGUGUGUAAUAAGAUAUUCAAGAAGCAUAGUAAAAAUAGGAUUUAAUUUUACAAUAGUUAUUUGGUUUAUAAAGUGAUGUUUUAAAAUUUUUAACUAAUGAAACAAUUGUGGUGUUAACAAACAUUGUUAAAGCCUAUAUAUUUGCGAACAUACUGUUAUAAAAAGAAAAAAUAACAUUAGAUGUUUGUUGCAGCUACAGUUUUUAAAAUGCUUUUGUUUCUUAACAAUUGCGAGAUUUAUUGUUUUUAGGCUUUAUUAUGCAGUUUUCAAUGUCAUUUGUUGAGGCCCUUUGCUAUGAUGCAGAAUUUAGAAAAUAUGAAAAUUCAAUUUCGGUACCUUAAAUACUUUUUUUGAAAACGAUGGCUAAAUUUUUCAACAGUUUUGUUUUUGUUUUGUAAUUUAUAAAUUUUAAAGCGUCAAAAAUAACCAUAGUUGUCUUUA